GCCAGUUUACACUUGUCAUACACACCUCUGGAGGAUCUUUAUACAAAACAACUCACAUUUUGGUUUCGUUUUUGUGGUAGACGGCAUCGAGCUUGCAAAGCAGUGCCCAUGACAGCAAAAUGCCGGAGUUAAUUAGUGUUUUGGAGUUUGUAAACGAGGCAAAUGAGGAUCUUAACUCGCCAACGACGUCCACUUUUGUGGGGAAAAUGGGAGCAUGUCGGAAUGUUGUUUCACAGUUGGAAGAGACAUUGGAUUCUGACAGGAGCGGCCUUGGCAAGAUGAGGAAGUCGGUUAAAUGCAUCUACAACACCGGAAACACUUACGUCGGCAAUCUCCUCUCAUUUGCUGAGAACCUUGAGAAGCUCGGCUCCAACACGUUAUCAAAGGAAAAGGAGCCGGACCUGGGAGCUGCCUUCUUGAAGUUCUCUGUCAUCACAAAGGAACUGGCAGCGCUUCUUAAGAAUCUGGUGCAGAACAUCAACAACAUUGUGAUGUUCCCUCUAGACUCGUUACUCAAGGGAGACCUGAAGGGCCAGAAAGGAGACAUGAAGAAGCCAUUUGAGAAGGCCUUUAAGGACUACGAGUCCAAAUACACCAAGAUUGAGAGAGAAAAGAAGCAGAUAGCUAAGGAGGCAGGUCUGAUCCGAACUCUAGUUGGUUCUGAGGUUGCAGAGGAAAUGGAGAAGGAGAGACGGAUGUUUCAACUGCAGAUGUGUGAGUACCUGAUCAAAGUGAAUGACAUCAAAUCCAAAAAAGGUGCAGAACUUGUCCAGCAUCUCGUGGAAUUUUACAGAGUUGAAAACAGUUUCUACCGAGAAGGUCUGAAGACGAUCGAGAACUUCCAGUCCUACAUCGAUGAGCUUUCAGAAAACGUCCACAAGAUUAAGAUGAGACACGACGAGGAGAAGAAGAAGCUGCUGGAUCUUAGGAAUCUCCUUAAGACGAGCCUCUCGCUGGACAAAGAGACCCCACCAGAGAAACAAGGCUACAGCCUCCACCAGCUGCAGACCGAUAAAGCCCACGGAACCGAAAAGACGGGUUUCCUCAGCAAACGCACAGAGGGCCUGCGUAAGGUGUAUCAGAAACGACGAUGCGACAUCAUGGACGGGUAUCUGUGUAUAGCGCACUCAACAGUCAGUAAACCACCGGUCAAGAUGAACCUACUUACGUGUCAAGUCAAACCGUCGCUGGAGGAGCAAAGUAAAAAAUACUUUGACCUUGUUGCAAGAGACAGAACAUAUCACUUCAUGGCAGAGACUGAAGAGGAAGCCGCUGAGUGGAUAUCGGUUCUUAACAACAGCAAGAAGUACGCUCUAGACGCGGUGUUCGACGACAACAGCUCACCCUCCGACGUUCCAAAUAAGGGUCUCCAGGAGCUGACGCAUUGUAUUGUACGGCAGGUCAGACGGCUACCGUGUAAUGAUGUAUGCUGUGAUUGUUCAACACCAGAUCCCCAGUGGUUGUCUACCAAUCUAGGAAUCUUAACAUGUAUAGAAUGCUCCGGAGUACACAGGGAACUAGGCGUGCACAUAUCCAGGGUCCAAUCAUUAGAGUUAGACAGACUAGGAACUGCACAACUUCUUAUUGCAAUGACCAUAGGUAAUGAGGAUUUUAACGAGGUCUAUGAAGCCAGUUUAGAGUCUUCCUGCAAACCACUGCCCAACAGUACUAUGGAGGUGAGGAAAGAGUUCAUUCGAGCAAAGUACGAGAGGCGGAAGUACAUCUUAAAGACGAGCUCGAGUCCGUCUGUCAUGCUGCAAGAUCUACGCCAAGCCAUCCUACUGUCAGACAUCAGUCAGUUACUAAGAGUCUCCGCUGAAGGUGUGGACUUAACUGCUUCCCUCUCCGAUACGCUGAACAACGAAACAGCCCUCCAUCUAGCCAUCAAACAGCAAGACGACAGUAAUCUUCACAUUGUAGACUUCUUAGUGCAGAAUAUCGGCUGUAUGGACCAACUGGAUCAUAAUGGAGACACACCAAUCCAUAUGGCUGCUAGACUCAAUAAAGUGGAUUGUAUGAAGAUCUUACUCAGAGGAGGUGGUAAAGCUCACUUCGAAAACUCUCACGGUGAGACCAGUUUGGAUAUCGUUGUCCGUAACGGCUUUGGUCAAUGUGAAGAGCUAAUACGCCAAGCCUCGCUGGGGAAACUACUACUGUGUGAACACGUAGAGUUUGACUGGGGUUUCAGCAGUGACAAUUCAGACGGAGUGGACUUCAGCGAAGAUGAAAUCGAGGAGAGAGAGAAACCCUUCAGACAUUCACAGAGUCCUGCAAAGAGACCCUACCGACCCCAGACUCUACUUCAGUCACCCAGUGGAACAUUUCCGACUAAAGUAUCACGAGAACGAUCAUCUUCUGAGAGGACGCCGGAUAGCAGGAGGUCACGAUCCUCCACGGAUAGCGCCAUCAUGGAGAAGCAGGCUCUAGAACGUCCACUAAUGCCCCCGCCCCCGGUACCACCCAGGAAAGGGAGUGUAUCAAUUAAGAAGAAAGCACCUCAUCCUCCUUACAUGACCCAUAAGAGGACCGCCUCAGACCCCGCCCCUAUUGUCAAAGUCCCUACCCCACCAGCAAGGAUAACAUCCAUUAGGGAGAGCCCCAAAGGAUUUCCAGUUAAAUCGGGUAAAGUUUCUCCAACACGUCCACCGUCAUCCACAAUGGAUAAUAUGAGGCAGCUUUUAACUGAAAAACCGAACCUACUGAUGAAGAACAGACCUCCAAGUACUGAAGGACCACCUCCAGUUCCUUACAAGAAGAAGUCAUCCACAGCGAGUAUUGACAGUAAUGGAAGCAGCGGGGGACGUCCUAUCAGUUCUACAAGCUACUACUCAGCACAGAGUAGCCAGGUAGACAGCCAACCCAACAGCAGGCCAAACAGCCAGCCGAACAGCCGGCCUAGUAGUGGCCGGAGCUCAACGUCUGGCUAUGAGGAUGAGAAAGGAGCCGUGGAGGCACCGUCGCCUAAACCCACACCGGCUCCGAGAGGCCAAAAAGCACCUGUAUCGAGAGGGACGAAGCGAGUGCGAGCUUUGUUUGAUUGUCACGCUGAUUAUGAAGACGAGUUGGAUUUUGAAGAAGGGGAGGUGAUUAUUGUAACAGGUGAAGCUGACAACGAGUGGUGGAUCGGUGAGGUGGAAGGAAUGCCCAACAGACGAGGUGUCUUCCCUGUCAACUUCGUUGAGGUCAUGUGAUGAAGGUUGUUGAGGUCAUGUGAUCUAUGUUGUUGAGGUCAUGUGAUCAAGGUGCCAAGAAUUAUCACAUUGGCCCUUUUCGAAACCACUGCUUCAGCUCCAGAUUCGGAGCAGUUGUUUUGACAAUUGCACAUGCUUUGCAUACAUGCUCAGGGCUUCUGUCUAGAGAACGGAGCCUAAUUCCGAAUCAAAAGCUCGAAGUUGUAUAUCCGAAAAGGGCCAUUAAGAAUACUUAUCAAGAAUAAUCAAUUAUUCUUAAUCAUUGACUGAUAAUCCAUCAUUGAAAAUCAACAACUGCAGUGUACUCCCCCUUAGCACUGGUCUUCUGGCCAAUUACCAGUUAAAACACCUGAGGACCGGUCACAAUUCAUUCCAAAGUGGCUCAGCUGGUUAGUUUAGGGUUUAAAAGCAUCCUCGUAUCACCCUCGCUACCAUGGGCAGCGCGCCGUAUCGAUACCUCUCGUCACUAACCCCUGGGAGGGAUGUACUGGGAAACAACGCUGAUUGGCUCAGGAAAUUGGUUAUGCAUUAGAUGCCAAGUGCGUGCGCGCAUAGUUUUGUACGUUAAUCCUGCCCGCAUUUUUUACGGCACAAACCCGUUUUUUUAAAACAAUAACAAAAACAUUCUUUAAGACGACAGACAUGCGUGCGCACGUAGAAAAUAUUGAAUAAUGAAUAUGUAUGCUCAUUUAUGGCUCAUUUAAAUGUGCUAGCAUAGCACGUUUAAAUUUGCCAAUUCCAGGGGUUAUGAUUGAGCAAGGCAUGCUUGGAAGAAAUGGCGCGGUGAGAUUGAUCACCCUUGGGAAGGAGGUUGCCCCCGCAUUUAUAUUAAGUGUGGAAUAGGGACAAAGUUGCAGAACCAGUAAAAUCUAAAGCUGACUGGUCCUCCUGACUGGUCACUGAAAAAGGAAAGGGCAAACCCUGUGGGGAACCGGUACCCACUAUAUUUAAUGAAUAACCAAUAUUCAAUAGUCGAUAAUUGAUAUUCAAUAAUCGAUAAUUGAUAUACAAUAAUCCAUAAUCAAUAGACCAAAUCUUCCAUAAGGAUCAAGUGCUGCUGUGAAUCAUGUAUAAAUGGAGUAUGGUUUUUGUACUUUCUAUUUAUAUAGUAUCAAUUCAAGGGAGUGCUACAUGUACAUGUAUGUCACUUGCUUUAAGAAUCAAAGCGACAGACUUUUUUAGGAAAAGUUUAUGUGAACAUGACCAAACAGGUGAAUUACAAAGUUUAGUUACUUUUGUACUUAUUUUCACAACAUUGUUAUGGUAAUUCUCAGAUGCUGGUGCUAUAACAGCAAAAGAGAGUAUUUAUAAGAGAAAGUAUAUCCAUCAAAUUAUUGUAGUUUUGAAAGUGUCUUUGUGAAAAAUCUGACCCCCAUCUUCCAAAAUCAAAAGGUACUUUGCCUUUACUUUGAUUUUUUUUUUUACAAAUCUUUAUUAAACAUCCUUUGACCAGACAAGCCUGUUCUACAUGUAGUCCAGCCCUUGUACUCUAUGAAAUGUUCUUACCAAAUAUCAAACCUGUGAUAGAUCUGCUUAAGCACAAAAAGUAGCUAAGCACAAAAACAAAUUUUGCUUACCAGAAUAUGGUUACCAAGCAAAAAACUUUAUGUCACAUAUUAUAGUAUGUACAAUCUGUGACUAAACAAAUGUAAGAUGUGCAUUACAAAAUUAUUUUUAAAUAACGAGUUUAUAUUUUUGUUGAGAUUUAAAAACCCAAUUUGUGCAAACAGGGCAGCAGAAAUGCUGCUGUAUACAACCAACAUGUAAAUUGAUUUAAAGUUAUAGAGCAUAAAAUAAAAUAUUUAUGAUUUGGAUGCUGAGCACUAAGGUGUUAACCUGUAAAUAUGAAAUAUAAAUAUUGUUUGUUAGUGUGGAGUGAAGAAUUAUUUAAAAUUUGAUUCCGAAUUUGCUUUCCAAUUGACACAAUUUUUACAGAGAUAGAUUUCUAUGAACUUCCUUUCUUUGUUAAACAUUUUUUAUUGGUGGGGAAAGGAAGACUUUCUAAAAUGAGUACUGUCUUUAUGUAAUUUAUGAACAGUCGACUAAAUUUAUUUUAUACUUUAAACAUGUAUGUAAUUCUUUGUAUCUGCCGUAACUAUUAUUUAUUGAAUACAAUGGUGCAUUACUCGUAUUUUGUUCACUGUAUCUUAGUUCAAGAUGCGAUGUCACUUACAGGCACUGGACACUGUUGGUAAUUACUCAAAGUAAUUGUUAGCAUAAAAACUUAUUAUGGUAAGUGAG